AUGGCCUCUUUACAUCCCCCGAAUGGAAAUCAUCCGUCCGAGUCUAUUCCAGAUGCUGCCUACCCAAACGACUCUCCUUUUCGAUCAGACAAUAACUCGUCGCAAACCAUGGUUUCUCCUCUUACCAUACCUCCUCCAAGCGCAUCAGGAUCAACAUCAACACCACAACCAUCCGUAUUUGGCGCCAGUGUCCCCGCCUAUUCGAGCCCAGUAGCGUCUUCAUCUUCUUGGUCUCCCGAAAUCCCAUCGAGUCCCCCACCACCAUACGACCCGACUCGUCCUCCACCGAUAUACUACUCUCCCCUGGAACCACCAUCGUCACUCUCUUCACCACCGCCUCAAUACCCGCCGUCGACGCCAUGGCCAUACCAACAAGCUGGAUCGUUCAACGGGAGCAUCCACGGCGCACCGCAUAAGAUGGGACCUGUGGCCGCGGCUCGGGCACGACGGAGGCGCAAGAUGCAGUUGAUCGCUUUGGCGCUGUGCGCUGUUAUUAUGAUCAUAUUUGCACUCAUCAUGGGAGUUUUGAUGGGUAUUGUCAGGUUACAGUGGAAGGGCGAUGACGAUGACGAUGACGACUAG